AUGGUAGACGUGCAGUGUCUGAGCAACUAUGACUUGCAGAUCCACCUUGAACAGCUUGGAUUUUCUCCGGGCCCCAUACUACCUUCUACCAGAAAACUCUAUGAAAAGAAACUGAAGCAAUUGUUGGUCUUGCCUCCUUACGGACAACUUGUGGUGAAGGACCUGAGAAAGCUCGAUGGCUUUCAGGAUGACACAGAAGAGUUUAAUAUCAUUUUGAAAGGAAAUAUCACAUUCACCACAGAAAAAGACAAGGAAUCCAAAAAAGUCAGGCUUCAUGCCAGCCGUGAGCAGCGUCACGCUGCUGCCCAGGCUGUAAACGAAUGCUCUGGGGACUGUAGGGCUCUUCCAUCCCCGACCCCUGUUGAAAUCUGGCUAGGUUUCGAGUCUGCCACACCACCGCCAGACACCAUCCCAAAGCGAGACUUGUGCGCGGUGGCCAAGAGCGUUGAGGAUCAGCUUCCACUGGGCCUGGGGCUCGCUGUCCUUGGCGUUCUCAUCAUCGUCGUGUUUGUCUACAUCACUGUGGAAAAUAGGCCACUCUUGGCUUAG